AUGUUAAGUUUGGUAAGAUAUUGUACUUUAACAAAAAGUAAAAGCACUGCAACCAGAAUUUUACAAAUUCAGAAAAAUUUGUACACAUAUACUCAACCACAAAAAAUUGUAAAUACCACAUGUACAUUAAUAAAAAGAAAUUCCAUUUUUUUACAUAAGGGUUUAUUUAGACAGGGCAAAACUAUAGCUUUAGGUUUUGCAUCAAAGUCAUCCCAGAAAUCAGAUAAAAUUGUAGGCAAAUGGAUGUUAACUUGUGGUGGUAUGGUUUUCAUAGCUGUGGUUUUAGGAGGUGUAACAAGACUUACAGAAUCUGGCCUAUCAAUGGUUACUUGGAGAUUACUUGGUGAAAAAAUGCCUACUACUGAAAGUCAGUGGCAAACAGAAUUUGAACGUUAUAAACAGUUUCCUGAAUACAAAAUCACUAAUCAAAAUAUGACAUUGGAACAAUUUAAACGAAUUUGGUGGAUGGAAUACUUACAUAGAAUGUGGGGACGUUUAAUAGGCGCUGUAUUUAUAAUUCCAGCAACAUACUUCUGGGCUAAAGGUAUGCUGAAGCCAGGAAUGAAAACUAGAGUAGCCGUUUUGGGUUCAUUAAUUGGUUUACAAGGACUGAUGGGUUGGUACAUGGUCAAGUCUGGUUUAGAAGAUCGUUUUAUAGAACCGUCAGAUGUUCCACGUGUUUCGCAGUAUCGCUUAGCCGCGCAUUUAGGACUGGCAUUUAUUAUAUAUACUGGAUUUUUAUACAAUGCUUUAGAUUACUUAAUUCCUGCUGAAAAAUUAAACCUUAAUAAUUUAAAUAUUAGUACUAGCGAAAUGAAGCAGAAGCUGAAAAGAUUUAGAAUGUUAGUUCAUUCAACAAAAGGAUUAGUUUUCUUUACUGCUUUGUCUGGAGCUUUUGUAGCAGGAAUGGAUGCAGGUCUUAUUUAUAACACUUUUCCGAAAAUGGCGAACAAGUGGAUACCGGAUGACGUAUUUGCGGUAUCGCCUAAGUGGAAAAAUUUUACAGAGAAUGCAACUACUGUACAAUUUGAUCACAGAAUUUUGGCAAUUACUACUUUAGCAUUAAUAACUUACAUCGGAAUUGUAUCUCGUAAAUACAAGCUUCCUGGUAACGCUAAAAAAGCCAUAUUAGCGGUUCUUUGCGCCGGUUAUUUUCAAGUACUACUAGGCAUUUCAACAUUGGUACAUCAUGUGCCUCUAGCAUUAGCUGCAGCUCAUCAAUCUGGUAGCCUUCUUGUUUUGAGUACAAUAAUUUGGUUGUGCCAUGAACUGAAGUAUUUAAAGUACAUUGUUAAAUAAAGUUUAAAGACGAAAAAUUUUCACAACAUUAUACUUUAUUUGACAAUGCAUUAAGUUAUAAUAAUCAAUAUUCCUAGAAAUUAAUUUACAUGUAUUUACUUUAAAGUAAUAUUACUAUAAUCAAAAUACAGAAGAUUAAGUAAUUUCAUAGUUUGAAAAUGUAUCUAUAAUUUGAUGUUUAUAAAGAACAAAUAAAUACCUAUUUUAAGAUAAUAAUAAACAAAUAUAUAGAGCAUUUUUAUAAUUCAAUGGUGUUAUAUAUCUUGGACCUGACAGAAUUAUAGCUGUAAAUUAUAAAUCAAAAGAAAUUGACUACUAACAUCACUUGUCCUUUUCUAAACUUAGCCACAUAUUAAAUAUUUAAUGAUGUUAGUACUGGCACCUAAUUUCAAAAACCAGCUUUGGUAAGUAAUAUUAUUUCUUUAAUUAGUUUAAAAAAUGUGUAAACCCUGCUUAAUCAAUAAUUGCUACCUAAUAAUGUUUUUGUUAACAUUCCAAAAUUUUUUUAAUAUCAUCUAAUCUCUGAUUAGCAACACAAUGAAUUUUGCUUUAUUUAUUGGCAGUUGUUCUACCUUAUCUCCAAUCAGUCAUUCUUUCAUUUCUUUUUUUUUUUUUAAACGCCUUGUACGCAUUGGUCCAACAUAGCAAUAUUAAUAUUAAGCAGUAG